AGCCAGCCCAAAUCCCCUCCCAUCCGGGCGGUGGAAGCGGCGGCGGCGGCGGCGGCGGGCAAAUCACCCGCACCGCACAGCGUCGUGCCCCUGACCACCGCGUCCUCAUCACCCCUGGCUACGAGACGGCCCUGUUCCAGAACCAGCGGCAGUGGGACUCGUUCCAGUCCCUCAUCGUGAACCUGGAGCAGGGCGCGACCGUCCUCAAGGACCACGUGGCGGAGAUGACGCCGCAGUACGCCAACCACGAGAUCGCCAUCCGGGAGAUCUGCUCCGGCAUCGGGGCCCUGGGCAAGGCCCUACGCCCCGCCAACAUCGACAAGCUUGCUGGCGCAGACUACCGCGCCGCGCUGGAGCACUAUGGCCAUGCCAUCAAGGCCGUCUUCAGCGUUAAAGCGACGACGUACACACUGUUGCACAUGGUCCUAACGUCGAUGCUCUUCACCACCUUUGAGAUGAUGGCGGGCAACCCUGAGGCUGCGUCGAAGCAUCAUAACCAUUCCGUUGCUAUGAUGGACCAGUUUGUUACCCUCCGGCUGGAAGAGGACGGCGUCCCGUUUGAGAAGCUUCAUCUCUCUAAGCUCGAGUCUGCCCUGUUCGAUGCUUUGCAGAGACUUGAUACGCAUCCCUGGGCCACGGGGUUCGGUCCGGAAGGGAUCCGCGUCAAGGCGCAGGCGCGCAACUUCCCUCACGGGUGUAGACACAGAUACAACAUGCAAGACAUGCCGUCAAGUCUCACCAACAUCACCCAAGCGUCGCGAUGGUGGCAUCUAACGCAACACGCCAUGAUGCACUGUCUCCACGGCCUCAAAUCCUCCACCGACCCCUCCGAUGCCCCCUCCAACGACACCGCCGUCUGGAAAGAAUCAGCCAACCUCCUCCAAACAUGGCACGCCAGCUUCUCCCCGCUCCUCCAAACCUCACGACAGCAAAGAGAACACAACCCCCACCGCUGGUUCCAAGCCAUGACCCUCGAGUCCCUUUACGUAGAGAACCUCGCGGCAAUCUACAAGCGCCACAAGCUCGACGCCAACGUCCUCCCCGCCGUGACCCCGCUGUACCGCGACAUGAUUAGCUACGCGCUGCAGCUGGCGCGGAAGCAGGAGCUCAACGGCCUCAAGACGCUGGUGCUCGAGAACGACCUCAUCCGGCCGAUGGCGUUUGUGGUGUACAAGUCGCGCGCGGACCCGGAGAUUAUGGGCGAGGUCACGCAAGUGUUGCAGGAGUUUGUGGGCGGCGUGGGGAUGGCGGAGUCGUUGUUGUAUAUGUUUGGGUGUCGGGAGAAGAAGGCUCCUUUGAUGGCGCUUGAGAGGGCUUGGGGGUGGUAUUUCACGACGUCGGGCGUUUCUUCUGGGGCUAGUUGUCUUGAUUACUUGACUUGAGCUGGUAGUAUAAAGUAUGCAGUGCCUUCAUGUUGGGUAGACAAAACUCAUGAUGGCUUGCUAUUGGGAGACUUCAAUCAACGGUAUCUACUGAUAGAGUUACAUAUCAAGAGAUUUGAUCACUUUACGCAUCACAUAUCACAACCGUCAAUCGUGU